AUGCAUCUCUUUCUUUUCCAAGAAGUCUUAUCCCCAUUGUAUCUCAACCUUCUGUCAUCUUGCUGUUGUACUUAUAUACACACCUACCUCAUUUACCCCAUCCAGAAAAAACCCUUCAGCCAAAACGAAACGAGAAGACACUCCCUUGUUCAUAUAGAUUCUCUCUGUGUCUUGAUUUCCACAUUCAGACACCUACCCCAGGUGGAUCAAAUUUGA